GGCUCCAACAGUUCAACAGAUCGUAAGAGAAAGAAACCUACUACCGUUGCUGGUCCGUACAUUGUCUACAUGUUGAGGGAGCCAGACAUUGUGGAUGACUGGACAACAAUCAGAAAGGCGCUGACAGCCUCGAAACGCAAAACCAAAUUUGGUAAAAUUGGCUCUCCAAGACACUUUUCAGAGGCCUUUUCCCUGUAAGGUGCAAGUUCAAGGAUAUGUCCAAAAUGGCUCCACAGGUGCUCAGCCUCCAACGAGUCAGUUAGUAGGCUCUAAUGACUGUGCCUGAUUUCCCCAUCCGUCGAAUUUGCAGGA